AUGUCUUCCAGGAGAUUGGCGCAGUUCAUCGGAACUCCCAAAAAGGCAAAAGCUGGAGACAAAGUCGUCUACGUCGACGGCUCCUUCGACGUCCUCCACGUUGGCCACGUUCGAAUUCUUAAACUUGCCAAGGAGAUGGGGGACUAUUUAAUUGUUGGCGUGCACGACGACGCCACAGUGGCUUCUGUAAAGGGCCCGGGCUUCCCGGUGAUGAGCUUGAACGAGAGGGCCCUCAACGUUUUGGGUAAGCCACCAGAAGCAGCAGCAGCAGCAGCAACAGCAGCAGCAGCAGCAGCA